AUGAGCAGUAAAUCAUCGCUCAGAAUGAAGAUCAGGCCUGAAGAGAUAUCAAACAUGAAAAGCCAUCGAUUUGUAGGCAUAGACAAUUCUAUUCUAUCGAAGUAUGUCAUAAGACACUAUACGAAAUGGCUAAUCAACAAGAUACCUGAAUCAAUUGCACCAAACAUGCUUACGCUGAUGGGAUUUGCAAUGAUGCUGCUAAGCUUGGCACUUACGCUAGUGUUUGAUCCAUAUCUGAACAAUUCACCGAGAUUUUUAGCAUUGGCAAAUUUUUUAUUGAUGUUUGGAUACUUCACAUGUGAUAACCUGGAUGGAGCACAGGCUAGGAGAACAGGAUCUGGAUCACCGUUGGGACAACUAUUUGAUCACGGGGUGGAUUCAUUCAGUGCACUCAUCUCAAGCAUAGCGCUGUCUUCCUCACUUGGACUUGGGAUAUCGCAGAACUUCCUGGUGCUGCUGCUGGCAAUAAUGAUACAGUUUUAUAUCAUAGGGCUUGAGGAGAAGUUCACAGGACAGUUUGUGCUUGGAAAGGUUAAUGGCGCAUCUGAAGGGAUUGCCCUUGUGCUGCUUCUGCAUUUACUUUCGUUUGUAUUUGGACAGAGGAUCUUCCAGAUCAUGUUUUCUGAUGUUUUCUUACAGUCUAUUAAGAAGGUUUACAUGGCUGUGUUUAGAGCAGAGAGCUUCCAGGCUAUCUCUGUGGUGAUGAUGACUAUUCUUAUAUUCAACUUUUUUUCGACAUUGUACUCGAUUGAGUCGAAGAUGAAGUUGCGGAGAAGGAUCCUUCUGUAUGUAACGCUUGGUAGAGUAAUGCUUUUUGUUGCAUCGUUUAUUAUGCUAUUCAACAUGCUCUGCUCGAAUGAUUUGUGGAUGCGGUACCUGAAUAUCCUGAUGUUUGGAGAGGUAUUUUCUAUCAAGUAUACUUGCGAGGUGUACUCGUAUGUUGUAAAAAGAGAGUGCAUGAUGUACAUGCCGGUGUAUCUGAUGUAUGUAGGGAUGAGUAUAAUUUUUUCUUCUGGAGCGAUUGAUGUGCACAAGGAUUUAGUGUUGGUUUUGAUGUUUAGUGUAUGUUCAGCUUAUUGUGGAGUAAGUGUUUACAGGAUUAUUGAGACAAUGACUGAUGUACUUGGGAUUGAGUUUCUUAGGAUUGCCCCAAAGAGCAAGAAAGAGUGA